AUGAACUUGUUCCCAAAAGCUGGUUUAAUCUCCCUCUUAGCAGCAGCUCUGCCUCUUAACCUGCAUGGAGAAGAGGAGAGGGUGGAGGAGGGGGAGGGGGAGAGGAAGGGGGAGGGGGAGGAGAGGGUGGAGGAAGGGGGAGGGGGGGAAGAGAAGAAGGACGUUGUUCUCUCUGUCUUCCCUGCAGGGUUUGAAAGCAUUUUGGAAGGGCUGUUCGGGCCGGGACUAGUCAAAGAUAUUACCCUUUUUCAAGAUUGCGAGCCCGAGGUACUGUUGGAUUGGUCGUUUGAUGUAAAUUGUCUCUUUUGCUGCUUAAGACGAGAGAAAGUCAAGGAACACUUGGUUGGCAUCACUCCCCAGGUCUUAUCAGAGUCAGAGGAUUUUAAACAGGACACGUCCAAAAUCAACCGCCUGGAGAAGCAAGCCGAAGAGUUCCUCAAUGCUGUCUUCUACAGAAAGGCAGACCUCCCAAGCUUCUCGGACCCCCACAUCCCUCUAGUGGCUCGUGAGAUAAUGCAGCGAAUGAUCCGUCAGUUCGCUGCCGAAUAUACCUCAAAAAACAGCUAUUCUCAGGACCCCCCCCAUCACCCCCAGCCCAACGGCAUCAAGGACCAAAGCCACCUCCUGCCGAGAGCGGCCUCUCCAGCCCCGGCCCCCCUCGCUCUGCCGGGGGCGUCCAGCCCCCCGUCCCCCGCCCCGGGACCGGACCUCAGCCCCGCCUCCGCCUCUGCCUUCGCCCCGGACAGUGGGAACGGAGCCGGUAGUAACUGUAGUGGUACCGGUGCUGCUGCCUCUGCACAGAACCCCGUCCUCAGCAAGCUUCUCAUGGCCGACCAGGACUCUCCACUGGACCUCACCGUCAAGAGGCCCGACCCCACAGAGACCAAAACAGAGGAUGGAGUCCUGGACCUCUCCACCAAGAAGGCCCACGGCACCGUCCUCAAAAACUCUCACAGUUACACCCUGUUGCCCACAGUGAAGGGGCGUGCCCUGAGAGUUGAGCGCUCCUUUCGGGACGUGGAGGACGAUGACAUGCUGCCGAGAAGCUUACAGGACGGGCUGAGGGACAGCUACGUCAGUUCCACCCCCCUCAAGCCCCCAUUGGCCCAUUCGCUGCUUAUAAAGGAGGAGCUCCUCAGCCAGAAGCACCGCCUCCUCGGCCAGCCUCCGGCUCUCUCAUUGGCUAGUCUGGAGGCGGCGGGGCUUCUCAACCACGGGAACAAAGGGAACCACGUGGAGCCCCACCCCCUCCUGGCACGGGACGGCUCUCCGUGGGGUUCCUCCAGUGGUAAAGCCCACCACCACCAACUGGACAGCCUGCUGAGGCUGAAACAGGCCAGCGCCAUCCUCUCAGACCUCCAAGACCUGCCUCUGUUCUUGGACAACCACCACCACGGGGCGUUCUCCUCCAAGAGCUCCUCCGGAGGUGGCCUCCGCCACCACCAUGGCUCCACCAAGACCCACCAUGAGGUGGUGGUGAAGAGGGAGCCGGGAGGCCACCACUCCCCGCCCGUGGACCUGAAGAUCCCCCAGGUGAGGGGCAUGGACCUGUCAUGGGACUCCCACGCGUCAGACCUGUACGGGUACGGGGCCAUGGUGUUGGGCGCCGGGGGCCACGGUGGGGUGGAGAAUGCUUUGAGCAGGAAGCUGAGGGUCAUCCUGCCCAAGCAGAACCGGCGUGCCGGUAGCCUGAGAGGCAGCCUGGGAGGUUUUCUGGAUGGGGCGGCAGACUACUGGAGCUCCGACGUGGAUCAGGGGACCUCCGGGCAACCAUACCCGACCUCCGACCCCGAGGGCGACCCGUGCUCUAAGCAGCCCAGGAAGAAGAGGGGGCGCUACCGCCAGUACAACAGCCAGAUCUUAGAAGAGGCCAUCGGCAUGGUGAUGGGCGGGAAGAUGAGCGUAUCCAAGGCCCAGAACAUGUACGGGAUCCCUCACAGCACACUGGAGUACAAGGUGAAGGAGCGACUGGGCACACUGAAGAACCCUCCUAAGAAGAAGCUCAAAUUGACCUUGAGGAUGGGAGGACAGGAUUCCGCCGCCGAGUCAGAGACUACACCAGCCGCGACGCCGCAAGAGGUUGCGCCACCGGAGGCCGCCGAUCUGAACCACGAGCAAAAAAUGGAAUCGGAAGAUUAACUGAGAAACAACGAUGACGACGAAUCCUCCCUUUCCUUAUAUAUGUAUAAAAACAUCUUAACAUUAAGACUAAAGUAAUUGGAAACAAAUGGAGCUUUAUUUGUGCCAAUUUACUGUUGCAGUAUCUGGGUGAGCACAAGCGCAGGGAUAUGAGGAGGAUUCUAAAACAAGCUGGAGAUGAAAACUAAACCAAUCGGCUGGUUCUGCGGUUGUCGUUUUGACACUGCACAUUUGUUUAGCUUUUAUAUCAAGCGGCGAAACAAAUGCGUCAAAAGCCACGAGUGACGUGACAGUUAUUAAUUACAGUUUGUAAAGCAUGUUGAUUAUCCCCCCAAAACCCUAACUCCCCCUAUUCUGAACUUGAUACACUGACCCUGCAUUGCUUUUAAAUGCAGUCUGGGCUGCGGAAUAUCUCAACUUUGGGAAGCAUUAGAGGGGGUUAAAAAUGAACCCUUUUGAACAAACUAUUAUGGUCCCCCCCCUCUCUCAUUUAAGUACUAGUACCAAUUGGUAAGUGAACUGUCUCCUAUGUUUUGAACCAACUCUAAAACUAGUAAUGUGACAGGAAGCUCUCUCACCAGGAAGCUGAAUCAAAAGCGCAUUAUUUCUAUCGCCAGGUAGCCAUUUCUCUUUAACAAACGCAAAACGUUCUUUCCUCCUUCGAUAUUCUGCUACUCUUUAAACGUGAACGACAGCAACAUUGGCCGUGUCCUUUCUAAGGUAAAGACACAAAAUAGUCAAUCAGGGAUGCAUGUUCGUAAGUUUUAGUAAAUAACUACUAACUUUUAGUAAAUAACUACUAACUUUUAGUAAAUAACUACUAACUUUUAGUAAAUAACUACUAACUUUUAGUAAAUAACUACUAACUUUUAGAAUAUUUUGAAUGUUUUUUUUGUUUCUUUUAUCCUCUUUUGUUUGCCUUUCUUUUGCACUUUCAGUCUGGCGCUCACCGGCGCCACCCAGUGGUGACAGACCAGGUUACCUCGGCAUUGCUGUCCUAGCAUCAUGCACUUAAGGUCUGUCAUAAUCCCCGGCCAACUGCGCUCCAGGUACAAGUUACCCGUAGCCACAGAUCUAGGAUCAGUUUACCCUGCCUUAACAAUUAGGGGGGAAACCUCAAAACUGACCUGAGAUCAGCAUGUAGGGGCAAUUUUAUAUCUGUGCUGCUCUCCUGGAGAGAGCUCCUCAACCUCAACGGUGGUAGGUAAAUGUUGCCUCUCACCACUGGUCCAUAGUCAGAUGUCUUUUUUUAUCCCCUUAUUGCUAAGGUUUGGAUUGGGGCUUGGUGAUCUGAUCCUAGUUCAGUGGUUGAGCGCAACUUCUACCUCAAGCACCUGCAACAAGUGAAUCUGUUCCCAAUCCCGAUCCUAGGGAGCUGGAGCCAUCUCUGGUUUUCAUUCCAACCAACGACCUCAUGCAUAUGCGCUCAGCUAAUUAGUGGGCGGGGUUCUCCUAACACUAUGACAUCACAUGGAGUGAUAACCACAUGUAUUGUAGCUCUCCAAGACCAGGAAGUGGAAACAUUGCUGCUACAACUAUAUUAUCCUGUACUGAGCGAAGGUUUUACCAGCCUUACUGUCUCUAAACACUAAACAUUUCAUAAAGUUUUCUGUUUUAGAAUUCUAACUAAGUAAAAGCUUCUUAGUUGAUGAGUUUUGAAAUGGCUCCUCUCACUCCCAUGUGGUUUUAAAAUGUUCAAAGGUAGUUUCAAAGGCAGUUUAUUACGACAAUGUGCAUUUAUACUUGGGGGGGCAUUUAACAGUGAGAGGGGAUGUGUUCCAUGGGAGGGAUUAGGGGAUAAUAUAAUAUAAAUGAUUAUGAUGACACUGAACUUAAAGCCAAUCCGCAUUUCUGGAUGAUUUUGUUCCUCAUUUUUAACUCAGGGUACCUGAGACGGGAAUCUCUUGACGAAGCCAUGAUUCUAAAACACGGACGUGUUUCCUUUAUCCUGCAGGACCUAAAAGUGAAGGGCAGGACAUGACUUCUCUCACUCUGCUACUUCUGACGGGGGGCGGAGCUUACAGCCCGGCUGGGUGGGUGUGGCUUAGCAGUGCCACGCCCUGUAGACCGCGGUGAAUCAUGAAGAAGGUAACACAAACUAAAACAGUGAGGAGAAGUUUGGAAAUGAAAAGUCUGAAAAUAGCACCUUUUUUUUUUUACCGCGUGAGAGAGAGGAAGAUAUUGUAGCUCUUUUCAGAGAGAUGGGGAUGGGUUUGGGUGGGAGGAAGAGAGCUGAUUAGAGGAGGGUAAGGGAUGGCCAGAAAGCAAAAAGAGAGAAAAAAAAGCUUUAGUGUCUGAAAGACUUUUAGAGAGCUGCAGCUUGGACCUAAACAUAUUCUGUUUCUUCUCUAUUACCUCCUCAGUACCCUGGUUGAUGCUUGAAUUUGUCAGAUUUCGUGUAGUGUAGUUGUCAUAUCUGGUUCCUGCCCCGCAGCCCUCCUGCCAAACCAGGCGGAAACUAUCUUAUCUGUCGUCAUGUUUUGUCAGGGGAAGGAAAAAAGCAUCCUUCUGAGAAAAUGUUUUUAGAAAAAGAUGCUCUCGUUUUGUGUGUUGGGGGCACAAAAAAAAAGACGAGAAGAAAAAAUAAAAUAAAAAUGUUUUAAAAAUGUUUUUAAAGCCCUCUCUUGCUCUGCUGUAGUAAACAUUGCUGUUGGCUCUAAACACUGCCUGGUGCUCACCCAGUCUGUGAGAUUAUUCAUGAAAUUGUACUUAGAAAACAUCUCCGUCAUGUCAACACUGAUGAAAUGAACAUUCACUCCUUGAAAUGUCCUGUACAUUUUAUUUAUUUCAUUUUGUAUUUUAUUUUCUUCUACAAAAUGGCACCAAUCCGUUCCGGGUGAUUUGGGAAUUCUUAGAUAGGAGCUUACAUCUGCAAAGUAUAGACUACUUUAUGAGUGUCGUACCAAGCGAUUCAUGCUCUAGUGUAUUCUAAAUGAGUGAGUAAUUGGUAUAUAAUUGGUAUAAUUAUAUUCAAACCCCUAAUGAACAAUCUUACCUAGCCCUGUUCUGAUAGAUUGGUCUUGGGCUUUGACCCUCCCUCCCAUGGCUUGAUUGGCAGUUAUGCGUAGCCGAUGGGAACAAUGUAAUCCCUUUAUGAUGACCUCUGUAGGAACACAAGGUCAGGGGUCAUGCAUGAAAUGCGUUCAACACUUAGACAAUGCAGAGUAUUUCAAGUGUCUAAUUGGUUACUUGUCCCAUCCAAUCAGAAGACCAAAUAUAGUCCAGCAAUGAUUUAAAUGAGAUUGAUAAUUUUACUUAAAUUAUGAGUAAAGCACUUAUUGUGUAGCCUUUUACCUUUCAAGGCAUUAUUACUAAUUAAUUCAGCUUAGAUGUGAAUGCGAUUUGACAAGAAAAAACACUACUUAAAGUAUAGUGUGGAAUUGUGUUUUAAACUUUGUUUUUCUCCUAAACUUGCGAGUUAUUAUGAAGUAUGACAAAAAUGUGCCCCUUAGCGCUUCUGUCACGUUAUGCAUGUGAGCAUGAAAAAUGAUGCUGAUGGGAAAUGUGUAUAACCUGUACAAAUGGUAUUUACUUAUCAUGACAUGUAGCACUGACUGAGAUGCGUGUCUAAAUUCCUACAUUCAGCACUUAGAUAGGUCCUGAAACCCUUGAGGGGAUUCCUACAUUCAGCACUUAGAUAGGUCCUGAAACCCUUGAGGGGAUUCCUACAUUCAGCACUUAGAUAGGUCCUGAAACCCUUGAGGGGAUUCCUACAUUCAGCACUUAGAUAGGUCCUGAAACCCUUGAGGGGAUUCCUACAUUCAGCACUUAGAUAGGUCCUGAAACCCUUGAGGGGAUUCCUACAUUCAGCACUUAGAUAGGUCCUGAAACCCUUGAGGGGAUUCCUACAUUCAGCACUUAGGUAGAUCCUGAGAUGGGAUUCCUGAAGGGCCAAGAAUUUCCACAUACAUUAUUUAUGAAAACUAUAAAUCUAUGUAUUUAUCAUUGGGCAAUCAAAAAAGAACAUGCUAUUGGUUCCCGAAGACGAGGAUGUUGAUUAAGGCAGCCCCCCGUACCUCUCUGAUUCAGAGGGGUUGGGUUAAAUGCAGAAGACACAUUUCAGUUGAAGGCAUUCAGUUGUACAACUGACUAGGUAUCCCCCCUUUCCCCUUCAUCAGUCGUAUCUAAUCUACUGAGGUGCAUUGCCAUUUGGGCUUUAUUUCAUGUUUGUAUGAAUAUUUUUGGGGUUCAGUUGUUUAGUUAUGCCACUUGGGUUAACGGAUCCCCCUGUCUGAAAAAGUCCUCCUCCUUAACACGACUGAGCCUCUUUUACAGAGAAGUUUCACACUUCUAAUUAUUUAUAUACACACAGAUAAUGAAUGUAAUGAACCGACAUUAAUCUCUCAACCCCCCACACACAAAAAAAAUAUCUGAAAAAAAAAACAAUGACACUGUCAGUUUUUUUGGGGGGGGGGGACAGACUGUUUAAUUUCUUUCUCCACCGUCUGCUUGUAUUUGACUAGCGUUUUUCUGCCGUGGGUAUCUGUAGCCUUCAGUAUUGUACCUCUCAGGAUAAAGUUGACGGGAGGGGCAGCAAUAUUAGUCAGUCGGGGGAUGACACAGACUUAACUACCUGUAUUAGAUUAAAUGUAUACAACACCUAUAUUAUAUAUUGACCUGGCUCAGCUGUGUCCAAGUGCUGUACCUCAACCUGCACUUGUAUCCCUCUCAGGGAAGCCUGAAAGAAAGAAGGGAUAGUUGAUACUCUGGGAAAUAUAGGCCCCUCCUCCUUUUUCUUUUGCUCUUGUCUUUUACAAGAGGAGCUAGGAGUAUGUGACGGACAGCUUAUGAGACAGAGACACAGUCGGUCAGAGACCUAGAGGGGAGUAUGUGACGGACAGCUUAUGAGACAGAGACACAGUCGGUCAGAGACCUAGAGGGGAGUAUGUGACGGACAGCUUAUGAGACAGAGACACAGUCGGUCAGAGACCUAGAGGGGAGUAUGUGACGGACAGCUUAUGAGACAGAGACACAGUCGGUCAGAGACCUAGAGGGGAGUAUGUGACGGACAGCUUAUGAGACAGAGACACAGUCGGUCAGAGACCUAGAGGGGAGUAUGUGACGGACAGCUUAUGAGACAGAGACACAGUCGGUCAGAGACCUAGAGGGGAGUAUGUGACGGACAGCUUAUGAGACAGAGACACAGUCGGUCAGAGACCUAGAGGGGAGUAUGUGACGGACAGCUUAUGAGACAGAGACACAGUCGGUCAGAGACCUAGAGGGAGUAUGUGACGGACAGCUUAUGAGACAGAGACACAGUCGGUCAGAGACCUAGAGGGGAGUAUGUGACGGACAGCUUAUGAGACAGAGACACAGUCGGUCAGAGACCUAGAGGGGAGUAUGUGACGGACAGCUUAUGAGACAGAGACACAGUCGGUCAGAGACCUAGAGGGGAGAAUGUGUCGGACAGGUGGAAAUGUUAACCUUCUGAAUCUACUGUCUAUUAUUAUUAUUAUUAUUAACUUGUUUUAAACUGCAUUCCAAAACAAAUCAUUGUACCUUUUUAUAUAAAUGAAAAUAGCUAUAUACAUAUGAAUAUAUAUUUAAUUUACUGUUUUACAUCUUCAGGUAAAUCAAUGGAUUUCUUUUCAUUCUGAUGUGAGAUUGUAAACAAACACGGAGAGAGAAAAAAAGAAAUGCAGAACUGAACUAACCUCAAUUUCUAGAUACCAUGUGACGUGCCAUUUUUGUCUCUUGAGUGGCACGUGAUACCUUUCAAGAAAAAACUAAACAGACUUCUGUGAAUUGCCAUUUUGCUUGUUGUUAUGAAGUGUUGUUGAUUAUUCCUCCAUGCUGCAUAUCCUGUUGUCAUGACGCCUCAGGUCCACCCACUUCAAAGCAGCUGAUUGUACACUAACUAGCAACACAAAUCAGGACUUUUAUUCAAGUAAAAGUGUUUUAGUACUCUUUUAGUACACUUUCUUGUGUUUCCAGACUUCUUAGACGGGACUGACGGAAGCACUUUUUAAAUUAUUAUUGUUAUUAUUAUAUGGUGGGUUUUAUCAUUGUUAUUGUUAUUAUUAUAUGGUGUUUUUUUCAUGUUUUCUUAAUUUUUAAAGAAAAUAUAAAUUCUUAUAGCUACUAAAACGAACCCAGGUCUUUCUGAAUGCAACACUACUGUAUUAACUAGCACACUCAGCCUUGGAAGCACACACCAUGCACACUGUAACUGCACCCCAUACAUACUGUAACUACACACCAUGCACACUGUAACUACACCCCAUACAUACUGUAACUACACACAUUCAUACUGUAACUACACCCCAUACAUACUGUAACUACACCCCAUACAUACUGUAACUACACCACAUACACACUGUAACUACACCACAUACACACUGUAACUGCACCCCAUACAUACUGUAACUACACACCAUGCACACUGUAACUACACCCCAUACAUACUGUAACUACACACAUUCAUACUGUAACUACACCCCAUACAUACUGUAACUACACACCAUACAUACUGUAACUACACCCCAUACAUACUGUAACUACACCCCAUACAUACUGUAACUACACCACAUACACACUGUAACUACACCCCAUGCAUACUGUAACUGCACCCCAUACAUACUGUAACUACACACCAUGCACACUGUAACUACACACCAUACAUACUGUAACUACACCCCAUACAUACUGUAACUACACACAUUCAUACUGUAACUACACCCCAUACAUACUGUAACUACACCCCAUACAUACACACCAUGCACACUGUAACUACACCCCAUACAUACUGUAACUACACCCCAUACAUACUGUAACUACACACAUUCAUACUGUAACUACACCCCAUGCACACUGUAACUGCACCCCAUACAUACUGUAACUGCACACAUUCAUACUGUAACUACACCCCAUACAUACUGUAACUACACCCCAUACAUACACCCCAUACAUACUGUAACUACACCCCAUGCACACUGUAACUACACCCCAUACAUACUGUAACUACACACCAUACAUACUAUAACUACACCCCAUACAUACUGUAACUACACCCCAUGCACACUGUAACUACACCCCAUACACUCUGUAACUACACCCCAUACAUACUGUAACUACACCCCAUACACUCUGUAACUACACCCCAUACACUCGGUAACUACACCCCAUACAUACUGUAACUACACCCCAGACAUACUGUAACUACACCCCAUACAUACACCCCAUACAUACUGUAACUACACCCCAUACAUACUGUAACUACACCCCAUACACUCUGUAACUACACCCCAUACAUACUGUAACUACACCCCAUACACUGUGUAACUACACCCCAUACAUACUGUAACUACACCCCAUACACUCUGUAACUACACCCCAUACACUCGGUAACUACACCCCAUACACUCGGUAACUACACCCCAUACACUCGGUAACUACACCCCAUACACUCGGUAACUACACCCCAUACACUCUGUAACUACACCCCAUACAUACUGUAACUACACCCCAUACAUACUGUAACUACACCACAUACAUACUGUAACUACACCCCAUACAUACACCCCAUACACUCUGUAACUACACCCCAUACAUACUGUAACUACACCCCAAACAUACUGUAACUACACCCCAUACAUACUGUAACUACACCCCAUACAUACUGUAACUACACCCCAUACACUCUGUAACUACACCCCAUACAUAAUGUAACUACACCCCAUACAUACUGUAACUACACCCCAAACAUACUGUAACUACACACCAUACAUAGUCACAUACAUUUCUAUAUGUAUUGACUCACACACACACUCUUCAUCAGGUAUCCACACUUCGUGUGGGUGGGUUACAUGUACAAUUAUAAACCUCUGCCGUGUCCUUUAUAGAACCUGGUGGGUGUGACACUCCUGAGAGCAGGAGAAAUAUCAGGCUUGUAACUUGGCUGGUGAAGGCUCUGCCUCCCUUAUUCUGUCAAACAGCCCCCUUUGCUUCGUAUCUAUCUCCAGUCCAGUCCGGCUCAGUGGGCCCCUAUAACACUGGUCCCAACCCUCACCACCAAGAACCCGUCUUUAACUCUGGCUCUGAUUUGUUUGUGUAGUGGUGACUUUGUGUCGUGACUUUCCCCUGCCUCUUUGCGUAAUUUGCUAUUUUUAUUUAAUUUGGCAAAUUUCAAGAAUGGCAAAAAUAUAGUAUUUUGUCAAAUGUAUACUUUUUCCACACCAAGUUUGUUUUUUAAAUGUUGUAAAAGUCUCAGCAUUUGUCAAGGUGCAAGUACCACCCGCCUGCUAACUGCAACUUGAGGGCUUUUCUGUGUGAUUUGUGAAACAUUUUAAAGCAAACAGUGCUUUGGUUUUGUUGAAGAGAGAAACGUUGGUUGGAAUUGAAAAGUGAGGCACACCUUCCGUCUGGAAUGAUGUUGAGCUGCUUGCGAUCAUACCAAUUCCCAGCUACCCCCAAACAACACUUUGAGUGUCUUGCUACAGUCAGAUAUAUCUGGACUAGGGGUUGUAGGGAGUCUUGCUACAGUCAGAUAUAUCUGGACUAGGGGUUGAAGGGUGUCUUGCUACAGUCAGAUAUAUCUGGACUAGGGGUUGUAGGGAGUCUUGCUGCAGUCAGAUAUAUCUGGACUAGGGGUUGAAGGGUGUCUUGCUACAGUCAGAUAUAUCUGGACUAGGGGUUGUAGGGAGUCUUGCUGCAGUCAGAUAUAUCUGGACUAGGGGUUGAAGGGAGUCUUGCUACAGUCAGAUAUAUCUGGACUAGGGGUUGUAGGGAGUCUUGCUACAGUCAGAUAUAUCUGGACUAGGGGUUGAAGGGAGUCUUGCUACAGUCAGAUAUAUCUGGACUAGGGGUUGUAGGGAGUCUUGCUACAGUCAGAUAUAUCUGGACUAGGGGUUGAAGGGAGUCUUGCUACAGUCAGAUAUAUCUGGACUAGGGGUUGUAGGGAGUCUUGCUACAGUCAGAUAUAUCUGGACUAAGGGUUGUAGGGAGUCUUGCUACAGUCAGAUAUAUCUGGACUAUGGGUUGUAGGGAGUCUUGCUACAGUCAGAUAUAUCUGGACUAGGGGUUGAAGGGUGUCUUGCUACAGUCAGAUAUAUGUGGACUAGGGGUUGUAGGGAGUCUUGCUACAGUCAGAUAUAUCUGGACUAGGGGUUGUAGGGAGUCUUGCUACAGUCAGAUAUAUCUGGACUAGGGGUUGUAGGGAGUCUUGCUACAGUCAGAUAUAUCUGGACUAGGGGUUGUAGAGUGUCUUGCUACAGUCAGAUAUAUCUGGACUAGGGGUUGUAGGGAGUCUUGCUACAGUCAGAUAUAUCUGGACUAGGGGUUGUAGAGUGUCUUGCUACAGUCAGAUAUAUCUGGACUAGGGGUUGUAGGGAGUCUUGCUACAGUCAGAUAUAUCUGGACUAGGGGUUGUAGGGAGUCUUGCUACAGUCAGAUAUAUCUGGACUAGGGGUUGUAGAGUGUCUUGCUACAGUCAGAUAUAUCUGGACUAGGGGUUGUAGAGUGUCUUGCUACAGUCAGAUAUAUCUGGACUAGGGGUUGUAGGGAGUCUUGCUACAGUCAGAUAUAUCUGGACUAGGGGUUGUAGGGAGUCUUGCUACAGUCAGAUAUAUCUGGACUAGGGGUUGAAGGGUGUCUUGCUACAGUCAGAUAUAUCUGGACUAGGGGUUGUAGGGAGUCUUGCUACAGUCAGAUAUAUCUGGACUAGGGGUUGUAGGGAGUCUUGCUACAGUCAGAUAUAUCUGGACUAGGGGUUGUAGGGAGUCUUGCUACAGUCAGAUAUAUCUGGACUAGGGGUUGUAGGGUAAAUGAGGGGCUGUACUGUAGAGGCAGAGAGGAGAGAGCCUUUCCAAGGUUAGUGUCCCCACCCCCACACUGCAGAUAGCAGUCUUUAACAGAUAAUGUAGGACUGAAUUUGCCUCAUCGCCCAGAGAAACACAACAGAGCAUUCAAAGUAAAUAAACGAAAAAAGAUCACCUUGGAUCCAAAGAAGGUGAAUAGAUUUCAGGAUGGGGCGGAAUGAUACAAAGAUAAAAACAAUUGAAUAGCAAAGGUAUGGAGAAACAAUUAGAAGGAAAGCUAAUCAAACUCUCAGUGUUCUUUGGCAGAAGCUGUUGUCCUGGAAUGGGGUGCCCUUGCAUGUUGCUAUAACAAUGGAGCAGCAACAUCCUUCUCAGGCGGAGGUGUGUCUCUUCUGUUUUAUUCACCUUUUCUCAAGGAAAUGGUCGAUGUCUCUCUCUCUCUCUCUCUCUUCUUUCAAAGUGUUUCUCCUGAUGUCUGUUAUUCCUUCCUCCCCUGGUUCCCAACACUGGGGAGGCCUGUAAUUGGCCCACGAUGUUUCAUAUCAAUAUCAAAAGAUUCUAGAUGUGUUUGAACUGUUGUUUGUUUCUUAACACCUGUUUCCCCCACCUGUAUCCCAAUGUAAAGGAUGCAAGAUGUCUCAUCAGAAAUGAUGCCAUCUGCCAAUACGUUUGAAAGUUUUGAAUGGAUGGUGUGAAUUUGUCUGCCAUCUCCGUCUUUUCCCCUCUCCCCUACAUUCCUAUUGUAUCCUUCACAAGGUGAUUACUGCUUCACCACAAUGCAUAGUGACGCAAAGGUCCUUCUCUUUCUGUCUCUCGCUGGUUUUGGAUUGGAUGCGUGUCUAUUGCUUCGGUGACUCUUCUGGCUUUUCUGCCUGUCUGCUUGACUUAGAGGGGCCCUGGUCAAAAGUAGUGCACUUUGUAGGGAAUAGUGCGCCAGACGAUGUCUCUGGUUUCUGCUACCUCAGCUUGCCUGGUGGAAGACUGUUGGGGAGGGUAUAUGGGGUGGGGUAGUAUAGGCUCAAGGGCUUUCUGUACAGAUUGACAAGAACGUUUGGUAUUUUGUUGGUUGUGAGUGACGUUACAGGGAUGAGGGUCAAUUGGGUAGUGAUGAACCGUCCAUAUGCUUGACUAUUGGAAAGGGGGUCGGGAAGCGGUGAUCGGGAAGAUGGGGGGGUAACCCCUUCGCUUGUAAGAUUUCGGGGUUUCUAUGAAAAACAAAAAAACAUCUAAUUUGUUUGUUAAUGUCUAGUUGAAGUUGAUAAUGCCUGCCGUGUUUCUAGCUUUCGAACCGUCCGUUUUGUUUCAACGCUGGUUUCUUUGACAACCACAAGCCUUCUGUAUUCUUUGGUUCUGGUUUGUCGUCGUCGUCGUGUGGAGAUACUAUCAGAUACUGCAGCAGUGUAUUAAAAGGGUUUGACUGAAGAGCAGCUCUGACUCAGGACCACAGAUCAACCAGAUGUCAGAGGGACAUCUGCCAGGUGUUUUAGUUCAGACUUCUAGAGCAGCUCUGACUCAGGACCACAGAACAACCAGAUGUCAGAGGGACAUCUGCCAGGUGUUUUAGUUCAGACUUCUAGAGCAGCUCUGACUCAGGACCACAGAUCAACCAGAUGUCAGAGGGACACCUGCCAGGUGUUUUAGAGCAGCUCUGGUAAAGAACAUGUGGCGAAUAAGAUGAACCCUGUUUUACAGUUGAAGAAGAAUUUCCAGUCAUGUACAUUCGUAGAUCUGUACUAAGAAAAGAGAUCUGCCGACCGUCUGUGUGUGAACACAAUACUUACUCUCUACUCUGGCCAAAGAGGGAUAUGAUAUCCAUUCUUGAAAGCCAGACUUUGACCACUUUGACUUAGCUCUUCUUUAUACAGCCUUUUGUUAACUAAUUACCACACGAUUUCAGCCAAAUACCUAUUUUCUUUUAGUGCUUUAUAAACAGCAAGGAUUGUAAAAAAUAGAACGCCAAUUUCACGGGGAAAGGAAUUGAUUUGUUUCAUUGUCUCGUCUAUUGUCAUUGUAUGGUGUUGGUGUGCAACAACUUCAAAAAAUAAACCUUACAACGCAGAAUACCUCAGAAUAUAAAUCCAUGUAAAGCUUGACAGCCGCCAUGGCGUUGUUAGUUCCUGUCCUCUUGAUGCUCCACGUGCUUUUUCCUCUGUUAUUUCCUCUUUUAUCCCUCACACGGCAUGUAGCACAUAGUGGACGUGUCAUAGCUUCUUUUCUUUCUUGUUCUGGGGACUUUUUAAGACGGGUCUCUCCUUCAGUCCCUCCCUGGAGCCAGAGAUAAAGAGAGAAGGAGGUGAUUGGGAGUGAAAGGAACACUAAUUCACAUUCUAGAAUUCAUUUUGGGAUCUCGUUUGAUCCUGAAGUCAAGAGAGAGAAAAUAUCUUCAUCUAUAUCUGGAGCUCGGUUUCCUCGUCUCUUCUCUUUCAUUAUUUUGAAACUAGAGAUGCUCAGAGGCCGAAGGUCAAUCUGUUAAAGUCCUAUAAUCCCCAUUUCUUUCCUUUUGGAUACCUCUUUUUGAUUUAUCAUCUACAUUCUCAUCAUUAAAACUGAAUGUAACGACACAAACUAACCUCACGAUUCUAACUUGACAGAUGGAAGACAAACAGAUACUAUAUAUGUACAUAUAUGUAUAACACACAACACACAAUGCAUUGUAUAUAUACAGAUCUCCUAAAGACAGAUACAUACGUAUCUUGUGGAAGGGGAAAAACAACCGUUUCCUUUGUUUGAUUCAGGGAACAAAAGUCUAGUGCGGUAUGUUAGAUAUCACUCCCAUGGCUCUCUUUCUGACUGUAUGUUAGAUAUCACUCCCAUGGCUCUCUUUCUGACUGUAUGUUAGAUAUCACUCCCAUGACUCUCUUUCUGACUGUAUGUUAGAUAUCACUCCCAUGACUCUCUUUCUGACUGUAUGUUAGAUAUCACUCCCAUGGCUCUCUUUCUGACUGUAUGUUAGAUAUCACUCCCAUGGCUCUCUUUCUGACUGUAUGUUAGAUAUCACUCCCAUGACUCUCUUUCUGACUGUAUGUUAGAUAUCACUCCCAUGGCUCUCUUUCUGACUGUAUGUUAGAUAUCACUCCCAUGGCUCUCUUUCUGACUGUAUGUUAGAUAUCACUCCCAUGGCUCUCUUUCUGACUGUAUGUUAGAUAUCACUCCCAUGGCUCUCUUUCUGACUGUAUGUUAGAUAUCACUCCCAUGGCUCUCUUUCUGACUGUAUGUUAGAUAUCACUCCCAUGACUCUCUUUCUGACUGUAUGUUAGAUAUCACUCCCAUGACUCUCUUUCUGACUGUAUGUUAGAUAUCACUCCCAUGGCUCUCUUUCUGACUGUAUGUUAGAUAUCACUCCCAAUGACUCUCUUUCUGACUGUAUGUUAGAUAUCACUCCCAUGACUCUCUUUUUGACUGUAUGUUAGAUAUCACUCCCAUGGCUCUCUUUCUGACUGUAUGUUAGAUAUCACUCCCAUGGCUCUCUUUCUGACUGUAUGUUAGAUAUCACUCCCAUGGCUCUCUUUCUGACUGUAUGUUAGAUAUCACUCCCAUGGCUCUCUUUCUGACUGUAUGUUAGAUAUCACUCCCAUGGCUCUCUUUCUGACUGUAUGUUAGAUAUCACUCCCAUGGCUCUCUUUCUGACUGUAUGUUGCAUGUAUUCUCCUCAUGAUGUAGCAGUGGGCAGGGGGUGGCGGAGUUUAAACAAGUGGAGCUUUUAGAGUAGGUAGCUAGUCUUUUGAAACCUGAUUAUGUGAAGGGGGGGGGGGUUGAAAUGACACUGUAAAGACAGUAUAUUUAUGAAACAGAAGAAUAGCACGUCAUGGUCCCAUUAUCAUCUGUCCUUAAUCAGGUUAGGUGUAGCCUACGAUAUGUCAACUCCUGACUAAAGUCUUGUGUUUUUCAAGUUGGAUUUGGCACAGAUUAAAGAAGGAAGGAAGGAAGGAAGGAAGGAAGGAAGGAAGGAAGGAGAAGAGGAUAUGCAUUCAGUGAUGUCACUUGAUAUACCUCCUUCAGUGUCCAAUCAGAGUCCAAUUGGAGCAACACAAGGAUUCCGAUUGGUUGGAUAUUUUUUGCAUGCCAGUGUACGUACAUUGUAAAAGAUUGUUGCUGGAGCGGGCAGUUGUUUACGAAAGUGGAAUGUACGCAGGACAGAUUCCAAUGUUUAGAUAUGACAUAUUUGCCCUUGAGAGAAGCCGUCCUUUUCUCAGAAAGAGGUGUGACCUUAAGGUUAGUUUUAGUCGCUGCAACUGCUCUCGUAGUGUUUUUUUGUUGCUUAAGCUCUUUUCAGAAUAACUUUUUCCUUCUUUAAAGUAAAAAAAAAAGAAGAAACAAUUGUGAGUGUGUGAGUGUGUGAGUGUGUUGCUGCUUGGUGGUGUGAAAUGCUUUUAGUUUCCUCUUGUCGGGCCUGUGAAGCCUGUGCCCUCCAACCAUACUGUAGCCUGAGCUGCGUUUGCAACACAGAACUAUCAGUGCUCUUUUUAACGUUUUUGGAACCCUGACACUGGUUUAAUAGUGCAAGGCCGAAGCGUUACAGUUCUGAAUGCAGCCUUCAAUGCUUUCUAUAGAAAGAAUUAUAUCACCCACUCUCUGCCUCACAGACAAGACACUACAUGUCCCAGAAAUCCUCAGCCAAGACAAUACAUUAGCCAGACAUCCUCAGCCCAGACACUACGUUACGCAGACACCCUCAGCCCAGACACUACGUUACCCAGACACCCUCAGCCCAGACACUACGUUACCCAGACACCCUCAGCCCAGACACAACGUUACCCUGACACCCUCAGCCCAGACACUACGUUACCCAGACACCCUCAGCCCAGACACUACGUUACCCAGACAUCCUCAGGGAAUUAAGAUAACACUGCUCUCACUCUAUUCAGGUACUUUCUCUAGAUUCUGAGGCCUAGCAGUGAUCUGUAGUUAUUUUUAGUUAUUAUGAUUAUUUCAUUUUUUAUUUUUUAUAUUACUUUUGUAUUAUUAUUCACUGUAAAAAGAAAAUGUCUAGUGUCCUGAAAACUUACUUUAAUUUUAUUUUGUCUUUUGUUUUCUCCCUUGGUCCCUCAAAAAAAAACAUGUAAUUCUAUUUUAUAAAAUGUAGAUUAAGAUUCCACAUCUAAUGAAUGUCUAUCUACUUCUCAGCUCAGGUGGAGAGGGUCCUCAUAGCACGUAAACUGCCCUCUCUACGCACCGUGCCUCAGACUCUGUGGCUUAUAUACUGGGGACCACAUGGCGGCUACUUAACACUGCCGUAAGGCUACGUAACACUGUCAUAAGCAUGACAUAACAGGUCCUAGAUACUUAUGACAAGCUACUGUACCUUUAUAAGCUGACAUGACACUUUGACUGCCACCUCAUUAGAGGUGUAACCUCCCUCUCUGACAAACACAACACCUCUGAACACAACAGUGUGAGUACUGCCUUCUGGCUCACCUGCCAAUCAAUCAAACGUCAGCGUUAGCGCUGGAAUCUUCUCAGAACAUCAACAAAUCACCUCACAGAACCGUCUGACCUGAACAAAAAGCACCUCUGGAACUUCUAAAACCGCAGUCAUCAAGUUGAGGGAGAAACUAUCAUCCACAGCCAGCCAAGUCAACUGAAAAGUCAGUUUAUUCGCAGUUCCUUUGAAGUUUUGCGACAAAAAUGAAACAUGUAUAUAUCAGUUGGCUUGUUUUGUUUGCAGCUUUUUGUGCUUGUUUUGUUCAAAGUGCUGCUGAGUGGUUGAUGAUGGAUGACUAACUGGCUUGCCGUUGUGUGGGACUUCAGCAAACGUUCUGCUAUUCUGGUAAGCCUACGUACAUCUUUUGUUGCGUGCCUACCUGGCCACAUGUUUUCAAAAUGACCUUCUGACUUUGGUUUUUAAGUCUUCAUAUUUUGCGUUUGAACUUGGCAAUCCUUCUUUAUAUAUUCUGAAUGUUUGGUGUGGUGCUGGCGUCGGUGCUGGUGUGGUCUGGUGCUGGUUUGUGAUGCCAGCGAUGGAGAUAUCAGUUUGGUCGGUGUUCUUAAAAAGGUUUUCAAACGCUGGGUGUCUGACUUCUCUAGAUAGCCCUACUGCAGGUAUGAUCCGAGACCGGUUCAUUCUUAACGAAUGAAAUACUUCUACUUACUUACUUGGUGACUUUUCCUAGCUAAGGCUUUGCUAAUUUACUAGCUAACUCUACUUUCUAACAAGUGAACUGAUGCCCUCUAUUCGGGGCCUGGCGUUUCCUCUGUAUUUCCGAGAGAGAUGUCUGGGUUUGUUGAUAUACCUCAUGCUAUCCAGAUGGAGUAGAUAGGGGGCGCUGUUGUUGUGGAAAGCAAUGUCUCGCCCCCUGUUAUAGAACAGUUCCUUAUAGCUCGUUUUUAUACUCGGGUUCUUUCUGGGAGUCCAACCCUGUACCUCACACCCGGAAGGCUUUCUCUCUCUUUCUCCAUAGAAACUGGAAUGGACCUCAUUUUUUUCAAUAUCUACUACUGUUUACAGUUUGGGCAGAACAUUGUAUAAUUUAAAUAUUUUUCUCUUACUGUUGUUUUUGUUUAUGUACAUUUAUCCAAAACUUUUUGUACUGUGUGAGUUGGAGUUUUUAUUCUAGGCUUGUAUGAUUGAUCGAUGUCCGUUUUUAAUUGAGCACUUAAAAGAGGAUCACAUUAAUUAUGUUUGAUUGAUUUGUUGAUUGAAUGAUAGGUUGAUUGAAUACACUAUCUGUUUUUGUUUCCCCCAUUUUUUUAAUGCAAAAUCAGAUUUUACUAAAUGGGCCGAAUGAAAUAAUAAAAAAAUCUGUCAUCUAAUGUGAUAAAAAAUUUAAAAAAAAUCUGUGGUCUGUUAUUUGUUUUUUUAUUUUGCAUUGAACUUCGGGCUGAUUAGAUCCGUCUUUGUGCAUGUGUUAAACAAAUAUUUGACUGGUUCUGUUAUUAUUGAAAUUUGGAAUAAAUGCCAUUUUGGCAACACAUUUCAGCUGUACCGUUCUGUAAGGUGGUAUGAUGCUAGAGCUUCUUUUCAAAACCACUAUUCUUCUAAUAAAUUUUGUUGUGAAAAUAA